AUGGUGAAGAUCAGCCUUGCUCUUCUCGUAGCUGUGGCAUCAGCUGCUCUCGCCGCUCCUGAGGCUAUCGGCGCUCGCCAAGCCGCGGGAUGUCAGCCUUCCGAGACUGUUUGCCGUGAUGGCUGGGCGUGGUGUUGCAGUGGCUCAACUUGCUACGAGUUCGCUCCUCCUACGGCCUGCUAG